AUCUAUCGACGCCUGGCUCGUGCUCUCUUCUGUGUGGUGUUACUGCGCCUGAUGUGUGUGUGUGGUGUGAAUGUGUGUUGCAGGAGUUGGAGGCUGAAUCCAGGUUCUCAGAGGCAGAGUACCACUUCAUGGAGGCCGACGAGUGGAAAUCUGCCAUCAAUAUGUACAGAGUCAACGAUAUGUGGGAGGAGGCGUACAGGGUGGCAAAGACCCAUGGCAGUGAUGCAGCCCAGAAGAAGGUGGCCUACAUGUGGGCUCGCAGUCUGGGAGGAGAGGCGGCCGUCAAGCUUCUCAACAAGUUUGGCCUCAUGGAUUACGCCAUCGAGGCGGCGUGCGUUAGCCUCUCAUUUGACUUUGCCUUCGAUUUGGCUCGUCUGUCAUGUAAAGAAAAGAUCCCAGAGAUCCACCUGAAACAUGCUCUCUACCUGGAGGAUGAGGGUAAGUUUCCUGAGGCCGAGGUCGAGUUCGUCAAAGCAGGAAAACCCAAAGAAGCCGUGUGCAUGUACGUUCACAACAAAGACUGGGCCAGCGCGCAGCGGGUGGCCGAGGGACACGAUCCAGAGAGCGUGGCCGAGGUUCUGGUCGGCCAAGCCAAGUUCUGCUUUGAUCAGAAGGAUUUCCAGAAGGCUGAGGCCUUCCUGCUCCGAGCCCAGAGACCUGAAAUCGCUGUUCAAUAUUACAAGGAUGCAGAAAUGUGGAGUGAUGCCAUGCGGAUCUGUAAGGAGUAUAUCCCCAACAAGCUCUCUGUGCUACAAGAGGAGUACGAGAGGGAGACCUCCAAGAAGGGAAUCAGGGGCGUGGAGGGUCUGCUGGAGCAGGCCAGGGAGUGGGAGCAGUCGGCUGAAUACUCUCGGGCUGUGGAGUGUUACCUGAAGGUGAAGGACGACUCCAACACCAACUUGAUGGAGAAGUGCUGGAUGAAGGCUGCAGACUUGUCCAUCAAGUUCCUCAGUAAAGAUCGAGCGGUGGAGGUCGUCCUGGUGGUCGGACCGCGACUCACGCAGCUCAGGAAGUAUAACGCUGCUGCCGAGCUCUACUUAAACAUGGAUCUCAUAAAGGAGGCCAUCGACGUCUUUAUUUCUGGCGAGGAGUGGAACAAAGCCAAGCGAGUCGCCAAGGAGCUGGAGCCCAGGUACGAGGACUACGUGGACCAGAAGUACAAAGAACACCUCAAGAACCAAGGAAAAGUCGACUCUCUGGUGGGUGUGGAUGUGGUAGCAGCUCUGGACAUGUACGCAGAGAGAGGCCAGUGGGAGAAAUGUCUGGAAACAGCCUCCAAACAGAACUUUAAAAUCCUCCAUAAAUACGUGGCUCUGUACGCCACACAACUCAUCAAAGACGAAGACCCUCUGACGGCUCUGCAGCUCUACAUCCAGCACGGAGCGCCACCAAACCCCCAGAACUUUAAUAUCUACAAGCGUCUGUUCCUGGACGUCGUCAAUCUUCCCGACACCGACACACCAGGGUGUUACCGCAUGUGGGCCGAUCUGCGCGACUUUCUGCAGCAGCUGUGUGAGAACGUGUCCCGGUCCGCAGAGGCCAACUCUCCGGCUCAUGAAGACUUUGAACAGAUGCUGCUGAUCGCUCACUACUACUCCACGAGAUCUGCCGCCAGGGGAGUCGAGCAGCUGAUCAGUGUAGCGGCCAAGCUUUCGGUGUCUCUGCUGCGCCACACCGAGAUCGUUCCUGCAGACAAAGCUUUCUACGAGGCCGGCCUGGCCUGCAGGGCUGUCGGCUGGGAGAACAUGGCCUUCAUCUUCCUCAAUCACUUCCUGGAUCUCUGUGAUGCGAUUGACGAGGGGACGCUGGACGCUUUGGAUCACUCUGACUUCAUGGACACUGACAUUCCCUUUGAGGUCCCCGUCCCCACCAAACUCUGCGUCACCGACGCCCAGCGGGAGGAGAUCAGGGACUGGGUGCUGAUGGUGUCCAUGGACAACCGGCUGGAGCAGGUUCUCCCACGGGACGAGAGGAAUUCGUACGAAGCCUCGCUGGUGGCCACUAACACGGGCCUCAGAUCUCUGCCCUGUGUGCUCACCGGUUACCCCGUGCUGAGGAAUAAGGUCGAGUUCUCGCCUGUGGGGAAAGCCGCCAACAAGGACGACUGGAAUAAAUUCCUCAUGGGCACAAAGACCUCUCACAGUCCAGAGUGUCAGGACGUCCUGAAGUUUAUCAACCAGUGGUGUGGGGGUCUGGGCGCGUCUGGAUUCUCCUUCCAAUGAUAAGACACAAGAUUUAGUUUUCCUCUUCCAUGAUUAUAAUCAAUACCUCAUGAGUGAUGUCUUCUCUUCUCUGCUCUGUUACUCAUCUGUCAUUCACAUUCAAAUUAUUCCAGCUGUGAUAACAAAGUUUGAAAUGAACCACCAGAUGUUUGUUUGUUUUUCACAAUUUAUUUAUUUAUUAAGUCAACUCCUCAUUGACGUUCGAUUUUUGGUUUCAAAGUGUCAUCUCAUGGUGGUCAAAACAUGUUUUAAAGUCUUGUCUGUUCGUUCAGUUAUGUAACCCUUUUUAAAAUACACGUAUUCUUUAUUUAACAAAGUCACACUUUCAUUAAAAACCAAAAAAGAAUCAGAUUUAUAAUGAGCCUCAUAUUUCACUGCUGCACAUAAACUCCUGAUAAAGACAUUAAACCCGUAUGAAGUCGUUCAAACAUUUCUCCAGAGACGACCUCAUGACUGAGGUUCACUGCUGAAAGAAAUUCAAAGUGAUCUUUAAGACUUUUACGGAAUCAUUUCUGCUCCAGAAAAUCCUGAGAGACAGAUUUAAACGGACGGGUAAAAGUGACUCUUUAAUAAACACGUUCUUGCCUUUGCUGUUUUUUUCAGAGUAUCUAGUAAAGCCUUUAUGGUGUGUUUGAUAUGAAUGUAUUUUGUUGAAUAUUUAAAAAAUAAACAUAGUUUUCCAUCUUU